UUUCAUUGUCCCUCUCCAAAAAAAGAAUUCUACCAACAAAAAGAGCCUCUUCUACGCUCAUAGAUAAUUCGAUUUCAUCAAAAAUGCCAGAAUUAUAGUCCUGCGAAAAUGAUCCCACUUCCUUCUCCGUCGCGCAUCGUACUCCUCGCCGCGCAUCUCGCCGCCAAAUCCGACGUUCAGAGCUUGACAGCGCUCGCGGCUCAGCAUACCAAGGUCCUACGACAAGACUUAUUGCUUCGGAUAUUGUUAACUUGUCUGCCUGAGACACUGCCACCUAGCCAAUAUACCCCCCUCGUUCAAAAUAUCGAAUCUGGGAGCCUAGAAACAGAAGUCGAACUACAAGAAGUUGACUGGUCUUCGGUGCAAGACAUCACCGACGAUGAAGCUGCAAAGAAAGUUCGCAAGCUACGAUUGCUCCCCCUCAUACAAGAAAAUGCGACUAUAAACGAACCAACCGACCCCGUCUCUCUCUUCUUAAUCCAUCGUGCACGUCGCGUUGACGAAGAGGCCGGUCUACUCACCCAGUUGCCUGAUCUGAUAGUGCCAUUUCUGGAUCAUGCACCGUGUAUCCGGACCUGGAUGGUCUCGGUUUUGCUCCCUCUUCUUCGUCGAAACCAUGAAUACUAUCCGCACAAUCCCUCUACCCAGACCUUGUCCGCCUUCGACCAGAUGAGCGACCGGGCAGCGGUAGACUUGUUACUGUCGCAGACUGGCGCAUGUCAGGAAGAUCUAGCGCACGUGGGGAGAGACCUACGUGGAUUGGUAGGCCCAUGGUUAUAUAACGAAGCCAGGUGGGUGCGCCAUGAUGGGAACGGAUACUCUCCGGAAGACAGCCGACCCGCACCUCAUAUUACCUGCCCAGGAUGGGAACGUGUCCUCGAGUGGAUCACAAUGCAAGCCUCGAAGUCGUGGAGGGUAGCUGUACGAGCUAUAGACCAAUGGGAUGGGCCAGGAGAUGUCGAUUUGGGUGGUCACGCCUCUAUGUGGCUAGAGGACGAGGAACAAGAGUACCUAGAACAACGAUACGCCCGUGCUGCUCUCGCUUCGGCAUAUCUAAUACCAGAAGCUUCCGUAGAGGCUCUAAAGGGGGUCAACAGUAUUAUCACGAAGAUCAUGACAUUGCUAGGUCAAGAUCCUUGCCCGACAUUACAGGUCUCUUCAUCUUUACUUCCACCAUUUACUGACUUAGCCGGAGAACAGCUUCUCCGUGCUCAGAACGCUACGUAUAUGCGUAAUGAUUUGCUUGCCGAAUCAAAUACGCUUACUACACCGACUGAGACUUCUACGCAGCUCUUACACAUUUUAACCCUCAGUGCCUUCAUUCUUUCAAAGGGCGGGGUUCCUUGUACCAUUCGAAGAGCGGGGGAACUAGCUUUUCUGCAAGACGAACGGGAGCAGAAGGUAGAAGCUGAAAACUUCAUACAUUCGCUAAGUAAUAAUGGGCCUAAAAGCGAUGAUAAGUAUUGGGUUAGGGCGAGGAAUGAACUUUUAUGGCUUCAAGACUGGGGUGCGGAAGAGGUACAAGGCUCUCCUUCUAACACUCGAGCCCAAGGCAUAUUUGGCCAACUAAAGAGGGAGUUCCUCGAGAUUGAAUGUCUCAAGGCAUUCUUAGGCAAUACACGAUAUUCCCUGGCAAGGUCUAUAUAUGAAGAUGUCCCCGAAAAGCCUCUCAACGACGACACUUUACGGGAAACUGUCGUUUCUUCUGCGAUGAAUGCCUAUGACAAUGCCUCUAAUCCACACCGCGGCCGCGGCGGUCUUUUAAAAUGUGACGACAUAAUUCAUUCAUUCCCCCGAGCUUUAGGGGAGGCUCACCCUGCGUCGAAAAGAAUCGAGGCUCUUUUGAAAGCGACUCAUGCACUAAGCGAAUACCGUCUCAUGCUGAAGAAGGGGGAGCCAUUCACGCCAGUGAUCUUAAGAGUCCACCCAGAUCCUGUCUCGAUAAUUGGGAAGGUAUUAGAGCAGAAUCCCAAAAGUUACACCCGAAUACAGGAUUUCCUCGAAAUCGGUUCCAAUAUGACUGAGGCCGGCCUGGGAGCCCAUACCAAACCCGACAAGUCGCAAUCCAUGGCAGAGCAAGUGUGGCGGCGGUCGAUCACUGAAAAACGGAUCACAGCUAUGUGCGUAGACGCUGCCUUAACGGAGGAUGAUUUUGAAACGGCAUAUUCUUACGUUGUCAACCGCCUGGCUGCGGAUAGCAGAGCCGUCCCUGCGAAACUAGGACGCGAGCUUGUGGUGAAAGAUGCUCUAACGACGGAUGAUUAUUCGUGGAAAGCAGCACUGCAGGCUGGUAAAUACCGCCGCACAGCACGAACUAUUAAGCCUACGCAUAUCGGAACUGCUAGCGGCAACCUCGACAUCCGACACCUGGGACAACGAAUGGAAUGCCUGGCGACAGCGCUUCGCGUUGCCCCCGCCGCCGCUCUUCAGGAGAUUUUAAACGUCUUUCGAAAAUGUGAAGAGGAGCUAAACGCGGCUGUGAAGGCAGAGGAAGAGCAGGAAUCCGCGUGGGAUGACCAGGGUGACUUGCAGGCUAUGCCGGGCGCUUUUAGCAGCACCGUGCCAGCCGGCGUCGUGAGAAGUGCGAAGGCAACAUCCUCACGCCAAGUUGAAGAAGCGCCCAUGUCGCUCUUCGACUUAUCCCGAGCUAGUAUGGCUAGAGCUCAGCGCAAUUUGACAGCCUUGUCGAGUCUGCAACGCAGUGAAAAUACCAGAUCAGACGAGACCGAUGGUGAGACGGGAGACGGGCCCGGUCAGCAAAAAGUCCGGAAAAGAGAUCAACUAAGGGAGGCUGCAGUUGGGACUUUGGCAUCCGGUGUUGGGUGGCUAAUAGGAGCCCAGCCCAUCGACAGGGGUGGUGAUCGAGGUUAAAGCCAUUUAUACAUAUCUGCCUGUCUACUAGGUACCUAGUAGUAGUCAAGGUGGUACUUACUAGGUCAAAAUGUUCCACAAUGUUCAGUUCUUGAAGGUGCAUGUGUCACUACA